GCGAGAGAAGGAGGAAGAGGAGGAGGAGGAGGAGGAAGACGCGCUAUAUGCGUAAGGCACCAGGCACGAGUGCCAGGACCGUGUGCGAGAGAGUAACCGGCUGAUAAACCGGGCAGAAGGCGAAGUGAGAGAGGAUAGGGUGGCCGUGCCGUGCCGCGAGAGACCGAGAGUCGCCAAGAUGCAUCUCCACGGUGGUCUGAUGCUGUUGCCGAUCCUAUUCAUCGUCGCUUCCUGCCCUUUGACGCUGCACGCGCGAAAAGUCGCACCCUUGAUAGAGGACGACUGGGCGAGGAGACCGCAUCGGGCCGCCGAAUGCACCUUCGGCAAGCAGAUUCGCGAGCUGGGCUCGACAUGGUUCGCGGACCUGGGACCGCCCUUCGGAGUCAUGUACUGCAUCAAAUGCGAGUGCAUACCGGUGCAAAAGAAGCGACGGAUCAUCGCGAGAGUUCAAUGCCGCAACAUCAAGAACGAAUGCCCGAAACUCACGUGCGACGAACCAGUUCUACUCCCGGGCCGAUGCUGCAAAUCCUGUCCCGGUGACUUCAACGCAGACAUAGCGCAGGAUCUGCCGGCGCAAUUGACCUCGGAGGAAGAGGAGCGCAGUCUGAAACAUUUCGGUACUUUGUUAACGGGCAAAACGUCGCAGUCCCUGCGUCGCGACGAGCCGAGUCCGACAACGAUUUACAACAGCGCGUACAACUAUCUGGCGACCGGUCGCUUCACGUUCCACCGCAAGAACAUCUAUUACUCGUUCUAUCUGUCCGCGUCGACGCCUCGGCCGCGCAGCAUACAGUUCCUCGACGGGUCCAGCAGUAUCCUCGAGGAGCAGGUGAUCGAUCCGGUCGGUGGCGCUUAUCAGAACACGACCGGCAAGCUCUGCGGCGUGUGGAGACGCGUGCCGCGCGACUAUCGCAAGCUGCUGCGCGAGGAACGGCUGCACGUGUCCUUCCUCUGGGAGCCCUCGGCGAGCCUGACCGGCCAGCUGUCGCGCUACCGCGCGCUCUCGACCGAGCAGUUCUCGUCGCUCCUGGAGCCGGCGAUGGGCGUCGACCGGUCGUUGAUGUCCGGCGCGGGCGCGACGGCGAUCGUGUCCGCCUCAUCCGCCUCGGCGCCGUCAAUUCACGUGUCCCUCAUCUUCAACGGGCUCUUCCUGCCGAACGACGUGGCCGAUGUUCCGUUGAUCGUUCAGGUGGAACACCACGAGAAGGAUUACGUGGUCCUGCGCGAGGAGAUAGUUGUGAAGAAGCCAUCGAACGAGCUGAAUUACGGCGAGGUUCGCAGCGCGAUCUCCGGGACCGAUCUGCGUCUUCUGACUCGGGGCAAGUUGUCGAUCAGUAUAAUGUCCCGCAAAGAUCCGCAGGCUGUCCGACUGAUCGGCACGGUCGGCCCGCGCGCGACCUGCGACAUAUAUCAGACGUUGCUGCUGUCGGAGUCGCCGUCCGCGGCGACAGGAUUGGCUUGGGCCUUUCUGGACCGUGUCGGCGCGUUACGCUACGGAGUGCAAUUGCUGGGACUCGAGGAGGAGAGCCCGCUGGUGACACUGGUGGACGAGGGCGGAAAGCGGAGGAUGGAACUCGAGGAUCUGACACCCUCGUUGGUCGGCGGCCAAUUCGCGAACGGCUCCUUGGACCGACCCGGACCACGGCUGCUGCAGCCGCUCUUCAACGAGGAGCUCUCCGUAGUCGCCGCCAGCCACCUCGGCUCCAUGUUGCGCGGCAGACUCUUGGAGAGACCCGUGGCGGACGCCAGAGACACGGCCGCGCCCGUGCUGCUGCGCAGAUUGGUCUGGGAUCCAACAAUGCAGUCCGGACCGGUCGGCUUGAUAUGGACCGCGGUGGAUCUGGAUUGUUCCUUGCACUACGAGCUGGAACUUGCCGGUUUCUCCUCGUCCUCCUCUCAAGAAUCGCGAACGUUCCGUUUGUACCUGGAGACGAUGCCAAUGGUGGCGCAGGGAGCGCCCGUCGCCAGAAGGCUCCUCGAGGAAUUCACGGGAUACUCCCUGGAGGGCUCGGUCACCGGACUGUCGACGUUGGAGCUCUACAGGAUCGAGUCGGGUGUCGCUUUCUUCGAGGUGACGGACAAGCAAUCCACCAACAUCCUGAAGGCACCCUUCAAGGCGAGGGCGCCGAUCAGCUGCCUGCCGCAUUACGCCGACAACGACGUUGCCUCGGUGGUGGCGUACAAUCUGCAGCCGCCCAGGUCGGACAUCGAGACCGGCGCGUGCUUCCACGAGGCCAGAUUCUACGAGGAGGGCACGCAGUGGACCUCGAGCUCGAAUCCCUGCAAGAUGUGCCAUUGCUAUCGCGGCUUUGCGCAAUGCGACACGGUGCCCUGUCCGACAAUCUCCUGCGGAUCGGGAAAGCAGCUCAGGCAACCGCCGACCGGUCAUUGCUGCCCGAUAUGCGCAGACCCAAUGACCGCCGAGACUAACGCCACGACCAAGAACGCCACGAGAGGUUGCACGUUGGCCGGGCAAUAUCAUCUCGCGGGAUCAUCCUGGCAUCCGUAUCUACCACCAGCGGGCUUCGACACUUGUGCAGUUUGUACCUGCGACGCUGUCACGCUGGAGGUGAAAUGCCCGCUGGUGCAGUGCCCGCCGCUCGACUGCGACGGGAAGGUCGCCUUCAGGCCGGACAAGAAGGCCUGCUGCAGGCAAUGCCCGGCAACGACGCCCCGUAGCAACGAAACCACCACCGCGUCGAGCGACCCCGCGCGCCUGCUGACGAUGAGGGACCAGGCCUUGCCGUCGACGCGGCGCACCGCGCAGCAGAUACUCGAUUCCGGUGGCUGCAAGUACCCCACGGGACCCUACGAGAACGGCAUGGAGUGGCAUCCCCGGGUGCACUCGCACGGCGAGGUCAAGUGCGUCAAGUGCCGUUGCAAGAACGGCGAGGUCAGGUGCGACAGGAAGCGCUGUCCACGGUCGCUCUGUAACUCGAUCGUGCAUCAGAUGAAGCGCGGCGAGCACGUGGCGGACGUCGACGACUGCUGCACGGCCCAGUGCGAGCACCGCGCGCGGCGUCACCAUCGUAACAGCCAUCAUCCGGCGCGGCGGCACUCGACGCCGCCGCGCGAGCUGAGCUGAGCCUGGUAGUUUCCCGGAGACGAGUCUGCCCCGGUCCACGAGGAGGAGGCUCCGUCGCGUGCCACCGUACCAAGUCAUCGUCGAGCGAUGACGAAGAUCGGACGCGACCGGCCAUUAUCCGUCGCGCGAUCGCGGUCUCUUCGCGUAUACACGACAUAUACGCCUUAUACAUAUACGACCCGAGGGGCCCUCGAGAGGACGGAAACGAAAAAUCAAACCGAACGGUUCUGUACACGCGCGCACGUAAAAAAUCGCGAGAGCUGGACUACAGGCGUGUUCAUCCGGAGAGGAUGAAUAUGUAUAGAGGCCGGAUUCAGGAAGGCGGAGGGAGGAAGAAGGCGAGCGGAGGAGAAUAAGAAAAA